UUGCAGAUGUUAGUUUUCUACAUAAAGCCCAAACAAAGACGACCCAGCCCACCUACGACACAAAGCUGCCUUACUCAACUCUCACUCCAAACCAAAGCCCAAGCCCUGACCGAACCCACCCAACCAAAGCCGCGAGCAAACCCUCACGCCGGCGGCCGCCGCCCCCGGCCGACGACGAUGCCCGGCGACGCCUCCUCGCCGACCUCCACGGCGGCCGCGGCGCUGGCGCAGGCGGAGGCCGACCUCUCCGCGGGCCGCCUCCGCGCCGCGCAGAGGCACGCCCGCCGCGCCGCCCGCCUCGACCCCGACUCCGCAGCCGCCUCCGUCCUCCUCGCCGCCACCUCCGUCCUCCUCGCCGACGCCGGCUCCCCCCGCGCCACCCUCCUCCUCCCCGAGGACCCCAAGUCCUCCCUCGCCAGCGACCCCGACGCCAUCCGGCGCCACUACAAGUCCCUCUCCAGAUCCCUCCGCCCCGGCGACGGCGCCUCCUCCUACCCCGCGGCCGCCGCGGCGGCGCAGGAGGCGCUCCGCCGCGCGGCCGACGCCUACGCCGCGCUCAAGGAGGAGCGGGAGGCGCCGCCCACCUUCUGGACGGCCUGCGCCGGCUGCCGCCUCCUCCACGAGUUCGACCGGCAGUACGUGGGCUUCCGCCUCACCUGCCCCUCCUGCCGCCGGUCGUUCCUCGCCGCCGAGGUGCCCCCUCCUCCGCCGCCCAAGAAGCACAAGGCGGAGAAGACGCUCGCCGAGAUGCAGCUCCAGCUCGCCAAGAGAAAAGGGAAAGACCAGAGGGCCGCACAGAGCUCAUCCAGUGGCGAUUCUGACGAGCCGUCGGAACUGGAGGUGCCCGAGGAGGAGCCGGAUAGCUAUCACUCGGGGCAGAUGGCUGUGGAGGACUCAGACUUCUACAACUUCGACGCCGACCGCAUGGAGAAGUGCUUCAAGAGAGGCCAGGUCUGGGCAUUGUAUGGGGACGACGAUGGAAUGCCGCGGCACUAUGCGCUGGUGGAGACGGCAUCGCCGGGCAGGCAGUUCCGUGCCCAGAUACGGUGGCUGGAGCACCAGCCUGACGGGAAGGAGGGGAAGCCAUGUGGGGCAUUCAAGGUCGGGAGAGAAGUGACCGUGCACUCGGUGAACGUCUUCUCGCAUCUUGUCGCCUGCGAGAGGGUGGCAAGGGAGGCAUACCGUGUUUACCCCAAAAAGGGGUCAGUCUGGGCGCUCCAUGCCGGAGAGUACGCCGACACCGGGAGGCCCAAGUAUGACUUUGUGGUGUUCCUUAGCGGGUACAGUGAGGUCCACGGCAUCAGCUUCGGCUACCUGGAGAAGGUGGAGGGUUUCAGGAGCAUCUUUGCCCGCCGCGAGAUCGGUGUCCGUGCCGUUCAGUACCUCCGGGAGGGCGAUGUUGGGUUGCUUUCGCAUCAGACACCGGCGAGGAAAGUCUCCAAGGGUGAGGCCUCGACGCUGCCUCGUGGUGAUUGCUGGGAGCUUGACCCUGCAUCCUUGCCUGCUGAAUUGCUGCAUGCCUAGAGGCAGAAGAGGUGGCUUUGGAGUGAUAAUGUUGACAGGCCCGUUAGGAUUGCUAAGAUUCCAAGUAGUUUAGAAGUAGGGGAAGGUCGCUUGGUUUGGUGUCAGAUGCUGUGAUGUUGCUUCUGUUUGCAAAUUCUAGAUGGAUAUUGGCCUUCUUCAAUUUGAGACUUAGAAAUCAAUUGAUACUUAUCGCUGUUUCAGUGUUCA